ACUCCAAAACCGCAACCAAUGUCCUCCUCCUCCGCUGCCCCGUCCCCGUCGCCGUCCCGCCUGGUGCCGCAGCUCCUGGUCGCCCUCCUCCAGCGCCGCCGCUUCGACUCCGCGCUCCGCCCGUCCCCCACCUUCCGCGGCUUCUCCCCGGCCUCCAUCGCCGCCUCGCUCGCCGCCAUCCCGCGCCUCAUCCUCCCACGCUCCGCGGGCCGCCUCUGCCCGCAGCGGCCCUUCCCCUCCCCGUCCUCCUCCUACCACCGCCGGGUCGCCGCCGCGCUCACCCUCGCCUUCCUCAACUGGUCCCACUCCGACGCCAGCCCGCGCGCCGUCCCGCUCACCGAGGCCCCGCUCCGCGCCGCCGCGCUCUCCCUCGCCCGCGCCCGCGCGCUCCCCGCGCUCUUCGGCCUCCUCCGCGAGCACGCCCCGCUCGUCUCCACCGCCGCGCUCACCGACGUCAUCCGCGCGCUCGGCGAGGAGGGCCUCCCGCGCCAGGCCCUCGCCGCCUUCCACCGCGCGCGCCAGCUCCGGUGCUCCCCGGACGCGCAGUGCUACAACACGUUGCUCGCCGCGCUGUGCCGGAACGGCCGGUUCAAGGAUGCCAGGUUCCUGCUCGACCAGAUGGAGCGCCCCGGCGCGCGCUGCAAGCCUGACUCCUACACCUACACCGUGCUCAUUUCCUGGUACUGCCGGAUCGGGGCGGGGACCGGGUGCCGGAAGGCCGCCAGGAGAAGGAUCUACGAGGCCGGCAGGCUGUUCCGGAGGAUGGGGGAGAAGGGGCUGGAGCCGGACGUCGUGACCUACAACUGCUAUAUCAAUGGCCUGUGCAAGACGUACCGCGUGGAGCGUGCGCACGAGGUGUUUGAUGAAAUGGUGAAGAAGGGGUGCUUGCCAAACCGGGUGACAUACAACUCGUUUGUGAGGUAUUACAGUGCGGUGAAUAAGGUUGACAAGGCUAUCGAGUGGAUGAGGGAGAUGGUGGCGAGGGGGCAUGGGGUGGCGACGUCAAGCACUUACACACCCCUUAUACAUUCACUCUACGAGAGUGGGCGGAUCGGGGAUGCAAGGCGCUUCAUGAUCGAGAUGGCGGAAAGUGGGCACCUGCCCAGGGAACACACCUACAAGCUUGUCAAGGAUGCAACUGAGGAGGCCGGUGAGGAGGCCUUGCCAGCAGAGCUGUGUCACUCCAUUGAGGAUGGCAUCAAGGAAAGGUUUCAGCAGGUCAUGCGUCUCAAACCCAUAAUGCGACCAGUGACAAGAUAAUCAGGAUCAACAUUCAGGUUGUGCAAACUUUUAACACAGCAGUGGAUCAUCCUGCACACAGAAGCUUCUUCAUUGAGAUGUCCAAGGGCAAGCUGUUGUGGGAGCGCGCUGGGUAGAAAGCUUGGCUGAAAGAGUCUUGCCCUUGAGACUCAGAGUAGAUGAUGAUCCCAGGGCAAAGCACUUAAUGGAAAUGAGAUUGAAGCCCAAAACACCACCAAUCAGCACUCACAGAAUUGUUCUGAGACAGUUGAGAUGAAUUUGUGGAGAAGGUAAAUAAUGUCUGAGAUUCUUCUCGCGAUCAUAAUUGAUGCGGGAAUAGUUGCUGCACAACAACCCUGGCAUGUUGUUGUUUACAAGUGGUAAACUUUGUUCCUGUACAUUUCUGGGAUCAUGUAGUUUGCAGCAUGACCAUCUUAAAUUUGUAUUUUUGAAUUUAUCAUAAGGAAUUUGUUUUUCUCACCCCAGGCCUACACAUGUUCAGUUUUCCAGUGUUGCCAGUAAAUUGUUACUUGUUAGUGAAA